AUACUCACCCAAAACAACUCCAUCUCAAGACACAACUCAAACUAAGAUAAGAAAGUAAAGUCUCAGAUGGCUCAGAGCGGUUUGAACAGUACUGUGAAGUUAUUAGGGACAUGGGGAAGCCCUUUCGCUUUAAGGGCUCAAGUAGCUCUACAUCUCAAGUCUGUAGAGUACGAGUACAUGGAAGAAGUCCUGAACUCGAAGAGCGAUCUUCUUCUUGAAUCCAACCCAAUCUACAAGAAAGUCCCUGUCUUAAUCCACGGUGAUGUCUCCGUCUGCGAGUCUCUCAACAUCGUUCAGUACAUCGACGAAUCUUGGCCGUCAGAUCCUUCCAUCCUCCCCUCACAUCCCAGUGAUCGCGCCUUUGCUCGUUUCUGGGCUCACUUCGUCGACGGAAAGUGCUUUGAAACGAUCAAUGCGGUGGCCGGAGCAAAAGAUAACGAUGUGAGAAUGGCCAUGGCGGGGAAUUUGACAGAUUGUCUAACGUCGCUUGAGGAAGCGUUUCAGAAAAGCAGCAAAGGCGGAUACUUAUUUGGAGGAGAAAACAUUGGGUUCCUCGACAUCGCUUGUGGGGCUAUGGUGGGCCCACUUUCUGUCGUCGAGACGUUUUCAGGUGUGAAGUUUUUGAGUGAAGAUACAACACCAGGCAUGCUCCAGUGGGCUGAGAAGUUCAGGGCCCAUGAAGCAGUGGAACCUUACUUGCCUACUGUCGCCGAGUUCCUUGAAUUCGCCAAAAAGAAGUUCAAUGUUCAGUGAUGAUUUACAUCUCAAUAUGGUUCUAGAAAGAUGUGUUCUAAUCUAGUUAGAAACUGGUAAAAAUAAUGAUAUAUCAAUUAGGAGUUUUGGGGAUUUUGGUAUGUUAUCUUUUCUUUAUGUUAUGAGUUUUUGAUUUUCAUCUCUUA